GUCAUGGUUCAGUAAAUACGAAUAUUAGCCAUUUAACAGUUAACACUACUGCGUUCGUGAGCUAGACAGACGUCUUUUGUGAAAUAAAAAUAUAAGAAAAAUUAAGAAAUAUAAAGGUUUUGGCUGCUUAACGGGAAGCGAGCAAAGACGGAAGUAUACGGGAGGGAACCCUCUUGCCCUGCAUGGGUCUUUUCCGUGCUAUCUUUUCUCUCGGCUCCCGUUUUGUGUGUUGGGGGGAUGGGGCCGUGCCGAGGAUGAGACACUCCGAAUAUUUACCACUUGGCUAACUAAAUAUCUUAAUUUCCUAACUGGGCUUCAUCUAUCGCUCUUGUAGAUAAAAAUACUUUUCGACCACGUAUGAGUUUGGGUGGAAUUUGGCCAAAAUAAGUGGAGUAUCUGUACGUCCACGACACACGCUUAAAAAAGUCGACAAAAUGUAUUCCUCUGCUGGAGCUUCUGAGAUGCUUGAGGGACCCCGUUCCUCUGGGUCAGCAAGCUCUGAACCCCCAUCUUCCCCAGUGCCAGAAUAUGUGUUCAAGCCACCAUCGCGGCCGGACUUCGGCACCAUGGGCAGGACAAUCAAGCUCCAGGCCAACUUCUUCGAGAUGGAAAUCCCCAAACUGGAGGUCUACCAUUACGACAUCGACAUCAAGCCUGAGAAAUGCCCCAGGAGGGUCAAUCGUGAAAUCGUGGAGCACAUGGUCCAGCACUUUAAAACACAAAUCUUUGGGGAUCGAAAGCCAGUGUAUGACGGGAGGAAGAAUCUCUACACUGCCAUGCCCUUGCCCAUAGGCAGAGACAAAGUGGAGCUUGAAGUAACCAUUCCUGGUGAAGGCAAAGACCGCAGCUUCAAAGUAUCCAUCAAGUGGGUGUCUUGCGUUAGCCUGCAAGCUCUGCACGAGGCACUAGCAGGACGGUUACCCAGCGUCCCCUUUGAGACCGUCCAAGCCUUGGAUGUGGUCAUGAGACACUUGCCCUCUAUGAGGUAUACCCCAGUGGGCCGCUCUUUCUUCACUCCUUCAGAGGGAUGUUCUAACCCACUUGGAGGUGGCAGAGAAGUGUGGUUUGGCUUCCACCAGUCUGUCAGGCCUUCCCUUUGGAAGAUGAUGCUCAACAUCGAUGUUUCGGCCACCGCAUUCUACAAAGCCCAGCCUGUAAUUGAGUUCAUGUGUGAGGUCUUGGAUUUCAAAAGCAUUGAAGAACAACAGAAGCCCUUAACAGACUCUCAACGAGUGAAAUUUACAAAGGAAAUCAAAGGCCUGAAGGUGGAGAUCACUCACUGUGGGCAGAUGAAGAGGAAGUACAGAGUGUGCAAUGUGACCAGAAGACCAGCCAGCCACCAAACGUUCCCCCUGCAGCAGGAGAAUGGCCAAACUAUUGAAUGCACAGUAGCACAGUACUUCAAAGACAAGUACAAGCUCAUCCUGAGAUACCCCCACCUCCCUUGUCUACAGGUGGGACAGGAGCAGAAGCACACCUACCUCCCUCUAGAGGUGUGUAACAUAGUGGCAGGGCAGCGCUGCAUCAAAAAGCUGACGGACAAUCAGACCUCCACUAUGAUCCGUGCCACUGCCCGAUCGGCACCAGACCGUCAGGACGAGAUUAGUAAAUUGAUGAGGAGUGCCAACUUCAAUACUGACCCCUAUGUUCGUGAAUUUGGAGUGAUGGUGAGGGAUGAGAUGACAGAAGUGAAUGGCCGUGUUCUACAGGCACCUUCCAUUCUAUACGGAGGCAGGAACAAAGCAAUAGCCACACCAAUUCAGGGAGUUUGGGACAUGAGGAACAAGCAGUUCCACACUGGCAUUGAGAUCAAGGUGUGGGCCAUCGCCUGUUUUGCGCCACAGAGGCAGUGCACUGAACUCCUGCUCAAAGCAUUCACAGAUCAGCUGAGGAAGAUCUCUAGGGAUGCAGGGAUGCCCAUCCAGGGUCAGCCUUGCUUCUGUAAGUACGCCCAGGGAGCAGACAGCGUGGAGCCCAUGUUCCGGCACCUCAAGUACACCUACCAGGGCCUCCAGCUGGUGGUCGUCAUCCUACCAGGGAAGACGCCUGUCUACGCUGAGGUGAAACGUGUGGGGGACACAGUACUUGGCAUGGCCACGCAGUGUGUGCAGGUAAAGAAUGUUCAAAAGACAACACCUCAGACCCUCUCCAACCUCUGUCUGAAGAUCAAUGUGAAGCUGGGCGGUGUCAAUAACAUUCUCCUACCGCAGGGCAGGCCGUUAGUGUUCCAGCAGCCAGUGAUAUUUCUUGGUGCAGAUGUGACUCAUCCACCUGCAGGGGAUGGAAAAAAGCCUUCCAUCGCUGCUGUUGUUGGUAGUAUGGAUGCCCAUCCCAGCAGAUACUGUGCCACAGUUCGGGUGCAGCAGCACCGUCAGGACAUCAUUCAGGACCUGGCCACCAUGGUGAGGGAGCUGCUCAUCCAGUUCUACAAGUCCACCCGCUUCAAGCCCACCAGAAUCAUCUACUACCGCGAUGGUAUCUCUGAGGGCCAAUUCAACCAGGUCCUUCAGCAUGAGCUGCUGGCGAUCCGUGAGGCCUGCAUAAAACUAGAGAAGGACUACCAGCCUGGUAUCACCUUUGUGGUGGUGCAGAAGAGACACCACACAAGACUCUUCUGUAUGGACAGAAACGAGAGGGUUGGGAAGAGUGGUAACAUUCCUGCAGGCACCACAGUGGACACCAAAAUCACUCACCCUUCAGAAUUUGACUUCUACCUUUGCAGUCACGCUGGCAUUCAGGGUACCAGCAGGCCGUCUCAUUACCACGUGCUCUGGGACGACAACCACUUCUCUUCAGAUGAACUGCAGGUCCUGACCUACCAGCUAUGCCACACCUAUGUGCGCUGUACCCGGUCAGUUUCCAUCCCAGCACCAGCUUACUACGCCCAUUUGGUGGCUUUCCGGGCUCGCUAUCACUUGGUGGACAAAGAGCAUGACAGUGCCGAGGGCAGUCAUACAUCAGGCCAGAGUAACGGGCGUGACCAACAGGCCUUGGCCAAGGCCGUUCAGAUCCACCAGGACACCCUGCGGACCAUGUACUUUGCCUGAGAGCACACAAACCCCAGGUUGGGGUGGGUGAGACCCCACUGAUGAAACACACUACCCCUCGCUGUCUCACUGUCAGCUGUAGAUAGCAUCACAGUGGUUUCACAUCGUGAUCUCCCUACCUAACAGACCUGUCAGUUACCUAUAUGUCUACAAUUGUACUUCAGCCCCUGACCCACCCGAACCAAGCCAGCUAUUAGACUGUAAGAUGCAAAAGAAUCCCUCUUUCUUGGGGUUUAAGCUGGAAGAGGUUUUACUUACAUGUUGUGCAUUAGUGUGUGUUUGUAUUUGUUGUAGGGAAAUAUGUUGCAAAGUAUGAAAGGAAAAGGAAAAGUUCGUACACUGAUAGAAGAAAUCAACCAUUUCUAAACUAGUGGGCAGUAUCAUUAUACAUUGGGGUGAUUUAUAAUUUAGAAGAAGCUGUUCACCCUCGUCCUCCUGUUUCUAUCGUUUUUCAGGGUCUUGGUGCUUGUAGGGAGAAGGAUCAAAUUCAUCAAAAGAUGAUGUUCACUGUUUAUAUGCCUAAAGAUUUGCUCCUCUGACAAACAUUAUUUAUCAGCCAAUCAAAGCAAAGUGCACUGACCAGAAUGGGUACUUCAAUCAGGACAAAAGUACUUAAUAUAUUGAGGGUUGCGUGUGAUUUUUCACAUAGGGCACUAUGUGAUGAGAAGUGCCAUUUGAGACCACCUUUCUGUUGUCAUUUCUGUGUAAAACUAUGAGUUAUUAGGCCCACAUCUGCUGGGUUUUCAGUAUUUGUCCUUGAUUGACACUGAUGACCAUUUUAUGCCAAAUCUGGUGACAGCUCACUAAUGGAUUCUUUGCAUCAGAUUUGUUAUCAACCCUUGAACCAACACUUAGUUUAUUCUUGAUGAGGGCUUCUAAUGUUCAAAUAGAGAUUGAAAGAACAGCAAUUUUAUCCUUCUCUGCCUCUCUGGUUAGUCUGAACUGAAAGAGUUGCACCAUUAACCUAAUUCCCAUGCCGAGAAAUAGUGGGACUGGUUCCCAACAAGGACAUCUUUCUAAUGUACUCUGAGCCGUGUUGAUAAAAGACACAUGAUGUAGAAAUCAACAUAGAGGGGAAAUUGAUGAAAUCUUUUUUUUCCCCUUCAGUUUUUUAGUCUAAUUUAAUUUCAAUCAUUUUUGUAAUGAAUAUGCAUGUAGCUGACUCAUGUUUUAGACAUUUAGGCUUUGAUACCUGUUUAUUUCUUCCUUUAUACACAUUAACCCUUCUAUGUUUUAAUGUAUAUAGCAGCAGGAUAGUGUUUUCUGCAGUGUCUUUGUCAGAGCGGGAUAUUUGUGUGGCGUCUCGAUAUCCAGGCAUUCGGUACAGUGGAGUGAAAGCUGCAACAUUUUAGAGUUUAACUGAUUGAAAUUCCCUUAAAAACAAACAAAUCUAGCAUUUUGCUCCAGGAAUUGGGAGCAGUCGUCGCACAAAAGCUUGGGUUUUAUGCAAAUGACUUUUUGUGAGUCUUUAUACUAUAUAGUAAUGUUGGUAAUAAGGUAUAUUUUGAAUAAGCUUUCAGUGGAGGCUGCUGAAAAUGUUGUAGAGAUUUUUUUAAAAGACUGGCCCACAUGUAGUCUAAAUUAACACUGUCUAUUUGUAUACAGAUUUUAAAUGCAAAUAUUCUCUUGCCUUCUAAGACUGUUAACAGUCUUACUAAUAAUUUUAGACAUUUCCUAACAUCCCACUAAGUUUUACUACCAAGUUAAGCUGGCGAAUGUUCUCAUAGUCUUGAUUGGAGGCGAGUAGUCAUUUUCUAACUAUGCAUCAUUUUUAAUCAAGAGAUUUAGCAGUGGGGGUAUCUCACAUGAAUUUGGGUCAUUUAUAGAGGUAGAUAAUCAGGGCUUUUUUUGUUAUUGUUAUUUUUUUUAGCAUGUUGCAUUUAGUAGCGUUUCUUAGUGCUUAUCAGCAUCUUCAUGCCUUUCUAACAGGAUGAAGUAUUUAUGUGGUCAUUUGUAACAUUGUAGAUUUUAUAGCCUGAAAAUUGGGUGUAUCCUUUGUAAACACACAAUCUUUCUUAGCCAAACAAGAUUACAAACUUUUACAUGAUUAAUAUUCAAAAGACAUGGAAGCACAAAAGGACAUCUUGAUUCUAGGUGCUAGAAGUUUUCACUGUAAACCACCUUAAUUCCUCACUGGACUGGUCAACAAGGCUUUUUACUUGUAUGUUAAAAAGAUGCUUCAUCACCUUGAGGAUCUUUUCUCUCCCUUUGACGACCUCUCUGUGUUACCCUUUUUACUCAUUACCUGUAAAGCAACUAGAAAUCCGACUGACUGUGUUUGUGGGGCAUUCUGAAAAUCAUGUACUUGAUAUUUACUGUUAUGAUGUCAAUAUUGUUCUUAUCGGUGCUGGUCUCACAACAUGUAAAUUUGGAUGCACUUUUGAUAGCAGAACGUUGGUAUGACUUCUAUAGAUGUGUGUUCCUCAAUCUAAGCAGGAGGCUCGGCCAUAUUGCGUCACACUGGUGUAAUUGUAUGGAAAUGGCCGUGUGUUCUACCUCUUGUUACCUGUUUAAGUGUUAUGGUAACAUCACACUGCUGGCCAUUUCUGUAUAAUUACCCCUGCUAUCUAUCUAAUUGGCAUUGUUUGAGUCUUGCAUUGACAGUAGGGGUUUUAAACGCUUGGUGUGCACGAUGGUGAACGCGCUUUGUAGUUGUGUGAUUUUUGCUUUUUUUCGUAAUUUUACUCAAAUUGAUACGAGAGAAUGUGUUUGUUUUUUGUUUUUUAGUAGUGGUUUUGAGCGUUGAGCUGUACGACCAAAUUCUUGAAGUGUGUUUGUAUUCAGACACAGCUUUCCCUUCUUUCUUUCCUUUUUAUUCUAUGCACCAGUAAAAAUAACAGACUUUUCUUUUUUUUUGACACCUGAGAAGUAUAACAACAAAUGCAAAGCCCACAGGUAUGAUCAGUGCGUGUCCUUGAUUUGGAGAAAUUGUAAAUUUGCUCUAUUGGUGCUGUUAGUAAUGCUGUUCAAGUUACUUGCAAAUUAAAAGAGAAUAAAUUGAAUCCACAUGAACAGAUUUUUUUUAAGGAAUGCACUUCACCAAGGCCUUUUUAAUCAGUUACAUUUCACAACAGAACGUUAUUUCAUUUUUAAUUGUAUGUGAUCAUGCAUUGAUACUUUGAAGUACGAGGGUGACUUCAUCAGAGCAAAUGAAUUUUUCCACUGUGUUUUAUGGAGACUGAUGUCCGUUUGGAGCCCUGUUGUUGGGUAUGUGUUUGGAAAUGUCCUCAAAAAAAGCCUGACAUAUGGGAAGUAGGGAAGUAAACACGUGUCCUAAAUGAUGAUGGUUUACAUCAAGGUGGCUUUUAAGGAGGCGGCUUUGUACUUGUUGUUACUGCUUCUUCGUGUUUUACAUUAACUUUACCAGCACCUUAAAAUAGUAGAUUACAAUGGCAUUGCUUUUCCUGGAGAUAAAACUCAAACAUUUGACAAUGUUGUUUUUGCACUAAACAAGAAUGGACUUUUGUAGCUGUUGCAGCAUUACAGAGUAUUUAUCAGGUGGCAGACCGGCAGCCUCCUUUUUUUUCUUUUUUUUUUUUUUUUUUUUAUUUAGAAAGGAGCAGUUGGCAUCGGUGGCAUUUCAAAAUACAAGACGUGCAGCCAACAGGCCCCCCAAGAGCCUCGAUGCAUGCACUCGCCAUUCACAUAGCCACGCCUGCUAGAAUCGGGAGGGAUUCUACCUAGCCAACCAGCAUUCGGCAUUUCAUCUUUCAGAAAUAUCCUCAUGCCUUUUUAAAUGUUAAACGAAAGAGUGAGGCUCAUAGUUGCGUGGGUGGGUUGCCUUUGUACAGUGAUGUGUGAGAAAGUUGCUUUAUGCAAAACAAACUGACAGGUAUUGAAAAGAACCGAUUAACUAUAGACCGUACGAUUUCUGUAGAGACAGGGGGAUGCCAAAGUGCUGUGUGCGGAGGAAGUGUGCAAGGAAGGUCUGAUGUGGUUACAGUCCCGGUUCAAGACUGCAACGCGCGUAGAAUAAAUGCUUAAAGUAAAGCCUCUUCAUGUGUCGGACACCACCAUAGACUAUACAUAUCAAGAGUCAGAAGAGGCUUUUCCGUUUUACGUGAAUCUGCUUGAUCAUGAUGAGCUAAAUCAAGAUUGUGUGAAACAAACAGAUGAAUACACCAGCCUGGAUGAAUGUGGCGCUACUUUACCGUUUAAUAGUGCCCAAGGUGCUAAGUUUAGGUAUUCAAAACACCUGCAGUAGUAACCCUCAUGAAAUUACAGGAUACUUUCUUCUCAGAUAUGUAACCUCAGUUUAACUGUUUGUCUGUGUCUUUUGGAGUGGACACAGCAGGAUCUAGAAAUGGCUGGUUUGUAAACUUAAAUGGCAUAUCAUAAGCUAAUUGAAUUGAUCAGUUAAUUUUAUUUUAUCAAUACCAGUUCUUUGUCUUUUGUAAGUAUAUGAUUUAGGGUGGAAUGAGGCUGAGAAAAAAAAUCCUCCUAGUGUAAAGAUCAGCCUGUAUUACUUUUACAUUUUUUGCUUUUGAAUGGUCUUGGAAUAAAAUUAAAUCCCAAUUUCAACCUAUACACCAAUUUAUUCCAAACCAUUACCCUCAGUAUAGGGACAUCUCUCCUCUCAUCCGUCUCUUGUAGAGAAACUAUUGCUGAUAUAAAGAAACCUCUUGUAGAGUAGAACCUAUUUUCCUAGCUCCAAAUAAUAACAAUGAAUGUACUUGGAGCCUGCGUGGUUUGUAAUAUUGUAUAGGCUAUCCAUCCAGUACAUUUAUACUCAUGUUUGCUUCUUGUGUACAGCCUUUUUUCUUUUUCUUUUUGGUGUAUUUUUCUCCAAUUUAUAGGCUUUAAUAAUUGCAGAAAGUAUUAUGUUUUGUUCUUUUUAAUAUUUCAUUGAUUUCGAUCACGCCCACGUCACCGCUAUCAUUAAUCUUUUCAGUGAUUUAACAGGAGUUAUACAAGUCUACAGUUGAGAUGUCUUUCUCUAGAUGUUGGCUGCUGUAGUUUUUAGGAGGCAAACGUUUCACACUGGUGUAAAGAGUCGUCAUCCUUUCUGCUCUGGCGUCAUGCUUGUGUGAGGUGCUGUAUCAUAAGAGCUGUGUGUGUAUAUAUGAUGGUUGCUUUGGCGUGUGAUCUCGUUUGCCGUUAGAUUUUUUGGCUUCCGCUUAAGCCCUCUCUCUGAUAUUCCUGUCUUUUGCAGAGUUGUCCUGUAAAAUCCUAAAAUCCUCCCCGAGUUCAGCUCACUAACUCAUUAGCGCAGUGCCACUUAAAAGCAAAGAAGCUAAGGUUCUUCGUUUGAGUGUUGCUUGUGUUCCUUACUUUUGGUGAUUGUAUUAAUACGCAGCUGUUUUUCCAGAUUUUAAAAGUCCCGUUUUAUGAUUUCCAAGGCACUCGGCUGGCUUCAGCAAGCAUCAUUCUUCUAUUCCUUUAUAAACCUUUCUGAAGCAUCACUUUGUCCUUGACAGUUAGUCUUUAUCAUGCCAAUGUCCACCCAAUUACCUGUAGCCAUGUGACACUGGUGUGGUGUCCACAGGGUCUCUGUGGUUAGGGUUAGGCCUAUAAUAUUGUUUUUAACUACAACUCUGAAUUAUUGUGUACAAUUUUAAAUGGGGUUCUGGCAGACCCGAGGAAGGAACUGCUACGCCUCACGUCCACGGGAUGCAGCUGCGCCAUUUUAUUGGUCGCUAACCUGCAGAACUAUUGAGAUUCCCAUCAGCCUCAGCUGUACUUUGUGUUAAAGUGCUAAUCAACAUAUUUUUAACACGCUAAAACGAAGAUGGUGACACAUUACGUUAGCAUGUUAGCAUCGUCAUACUAAAAAGGUUAGCAUGGUGACUUUAGCUUUUUAGCUCAAAGUACCGCUGUGCUUAAGGUCAGCCUCACAGAGCUUCAGACACAAGCUGCUCGGGCUAACAAUGUUUAAGGGUAGCCGCAGUGGCUUCAGGUGGACAUUUUGGAUUAGGUUUUGGGGCUGUAGUAAAUCUGACCUUGGCCGUGGAGAACUGUUACCAAGUUUCACCAAACAAAACCAAUGCCAUCCAGCCGAUCUACAUGCAUCCAAUCAUGCAAGACUCCUGUGGGUAUUUUUGUAUUUUCAAAGCAUUUCUAGUCUUCAGAAUGACUUGGCUUUUUAUUUACCAACUUGGAAAAAAAAACUACCUCAGAGCAGUGUCAGGUGCUAGCUAAUAUUAGCCCUAAUUUAUAAUAAUGGUAACAAAAAUCCAAAAUUGUUGUGACCAAACCAAUACAAGCCAAUAUCGUGUGAGAGCACUGUUCUUUCCUUUAACCUUAAUAAAUGGAAAACCAAGUAAUCAUGUAUGACUGGUUGGUUGCUUUAGUUGGUGACAUUUUAUGGGACCAAAUUUUUGUAAUUGGAGUCUCAUUGUUUCAUUCAAGUCCUUUAUUUUUUUCAAACAGUGACUAAAACAACCCAGCACAACCUAGGACUCCUUCAUGUGAUGAAAUAGACUAAUCACGACCGGAUCAUAUAUCGACAAACGUGCCAUCGUACAGUAAUUGCUAUUCACUAUGACAGUGUGUUGAUAUUCCAGUAAAAUGGUGGUGAUUCUGAGGAAUAUUUGUUGUGGCGUUGAUGGUUUGUUGGAAAGAUGUAUGUACAGCAAUAACAUUGGUGUGUGGGCUGUGGAUUGUUGGUAAUUUGUUUGUCUUUACGCCAGUCUGUCCUCUUUACGCCGGUCAAGGCAACACUCAAUAAACAUUUUUAGACUUUUCUUUAGACGGACAAUACUUUGUCUCCAUAUUUGGAACCGGCUUUUUCUGGUUUCAUUUUUAGCAGAAUGUUGAAACAUUAAGGUUUCAUAUUGGAUAGAGCCACUCCACAUGAUCAAAUGCCUACAUUUCUUUGCCGCGUCAACCCAGUACUGCAAUAAAAUCGGGGUCCAAGUCCCUGUCUCGUACUCAGUUCAUUUUCACUUCUCCUACAAUUAACCAGACUCAAGUCCGUUUUUGUCAAAGGGUGUAAGAUGUAGUUUUGCUUGCGACAAAUUACAAAGGGAAUAUACACAUUUGAACAUACUUUACAAGUUAUCAGAGCAUUGUAAACUUCAACGAAAGGUACAUAUGAGGUUGUGUGGCAAUUAACUACAGUUUGUUGUAACUUUUAGUCAAAACUGAAAACAUCCAGCGUGUUUGUAGUCCUUUUUAUGUGUGCCUUUUGUCGGAUCUCUCUAUUCUCCAUCUGCCCCAACAUUGGGUUUGUGAGUCCUUUUUAAACAUAAAGGUUUUGACAAAAUCUGCUGCACCACAUAAAAAAAAAACUAAUUUCCAUUUUUAAUUAUCAUGCAACCUUGCGUGUAGAUGCUGCAUAGAACGAUCAGUAUUUGUGUUUUGCACUUUCAAAGCAGUCUCAAAAAAAGAAAUUGCCCACUUGAGGCUGGGCAGAAAGUAAAAAGAAAUAACUGACGAGGUAUUUUAUGCUAUCAAUAGGAAUUAUAAGGAAUAAUAUGACUUUGAAGAGCUUUUCUAAAAAGGUUGAUAUAUCUAUAUAUAUUCAUGAAGUACCUCAUAAGCCUGAUAUAUGCUGCAUUGACUUUUUUUUCUCUAGUGUACUUCAUAUUGUCCAAUAAAAUUUUAAUUUUCCCCUUUUGGGAGGUUUGAAUGUCACUACAGGCUGUGCACAUGCCACAACCAGUAAAUCUGAUCGAGUUCUGUGGUAACAAAAGAGUACGUUACACCUUGUGGCCAAAUGAUGAUGUGUCAUUUAUGCAAUUUAUACACAAAAUGUCAUCAGAAUAUUUCUCAGUUGUAGCCGCAACUGAGCACUAUUUCUGUGCUCUGUUUUUGUUUUUUUUUGUUUUUGCAUAUUCUCUGUGUCUGUGUAGCCAAAAAUAUCGGGUUUAGUUGACGAAGAGUUGACGUGCACCAAGCAUCCUGCAAGGCUCUGUGGUAUAACACGACUGUUGACUCAGGUAUUGUCGUGAAAGGGCUGUUAUCUGCUUACUGUGUCCCUGUCCCAAACCCCCCCCACCUCCCCCCCUGCACCUUUGUCUUAAAAUAGCCUUAGAUCUACAUGUGAGGUUCCUAUUUGGCCUUAAAAGUUGAACAAAUUAUGCACUACAAUUUCACAGACUUGACAGAGAGCUCGAUUCCCGUUCAGACACAUAUUUUUUUUUUUUUUUUUGAAGAGUUCAUGUCGUGUCAUUGCCAUGUUAUCUACCUCCUAUGAAUGUAGGGGCUGUCCUGGAGUUUUAGUCGACUGCAAAACCUUUUUUGAUUUUCUUGCUCAUUUAAGUGAAACAGACAAUCAUCUGUAGAUUCUUGAAAAAUAUAAGAUAUUCCCCUGUUCAUUCAUACAUAGAACUGAUUCCAGGACACUCCAUUUUCUUGAUGUUUUUUUUUUCCCUCAUUGGCCAUUUUCAUUUUAUACAUUGUGCUUUUUAUUUCAUUGUAAGCCAUGACGGAGAAGCAAAGUGACCAAAGUCUCUUGGCAAAGGCAGCCCUGCACAGCUGUGUGAAUUCAAACCUCCCUUCAUUUGUGUCAUUUUGAGCUCAGUUUUGAGUUGUUGUUUUUUUUUCUCUCUCUCUCUUUUCUCCCUUAUUUAAACCACGACAUGCCAAAACUGAAUUUGCUGUCAUUCCUGUUCUGGUGAGGGUCUGUAUGUUGCUGAUUUAAUUUGUUCACAUCCACUGCUAAGCUCCUUGUUCUUGUUGUUGUAAAGUUGUAAGCUUUGAUUUCUAUUUUACAUUUCCUCAUUUUUGUUAACAAUUAUGCUUACAGAACACAAGAUAUGCUGUAAACCCUGUUAGGACAUAAUGUGAAUACGUAUCACUUAAUAUAGUUCACUCUUUGGCUUGACUGUAAGUUGCGUUAAUUAAUAAAAAUGUUUAAAAAGUU